UUCAUUUUCAAAAUCAAACCAAACAUAUGAAUCAAGUUUGAAAUAUAUACCAUUAUGAUUUCAUCAUUUCCUAAUUCCAAUCCAAUACCAUUAUACGAACAAACGCUUCCAUGGUCGCGUCGCAGGGGAACAUGGACUUAAGGUUUGGGCUUAUAAUAACAGGCUUCCUAUCUAGGAGUAAUCGGACCUCCAAAAACUAUUUGUAAAAAAAAACGUCAAAAAAUUUUCAAACAAAAAGGUGUACACAUUGAAAACGUCUCAAUCCACUCAAACGCUAUCAUCAAAUGAUCACAAAAUUUGAAAGCUUUGGAUAUGGAGCACACACCCACAAAAACUCACUUCCACCCUUAUUUACACACAGAAAAACGAAGAGAGAGAAAAUCCAUUGAAGGAGGAUGAGGACGAUGAUGCUCUCUGCAUCUCCUCAACCACUUUCUGGAACCUUCAAACUCAACAAUGGCGGAAGUUCAUUUAAUCAUACUUUCAAUCCUUUCAACUUGCGUCGCCGAAUUCCCUGCUUAUUUCAAUUUAGAGCUCUAAGCAAGAAGUACAACCCUAUGCAGGAAAAGGAUUUUCAAUUAUUUGGACAAAAAGCGCACAUAUUCAAUGAGCCUGAGUGCAGGCUCAAUGAAAAUGGGAAUCCGCAUCAAAUUGCCGACUUGUGCGAGGACCAAUAUGAUUUUUGUGCUUCAAAUUUAUCUACUUCGAAUCAGUGCAGAGCAGAUGAGAUUAUUGCUGCGAUGGACAAUUCAACCUUCGAUAAAUCAACACGGCAAUUGCUAAAGUUUGUUUUUCUCUUUGGGAUGCUCACAGUCCAGGGUGCUGAAAACGCAAGUGCUACUUCAAAUGUGAUGGACAACUUACAGUCAGCAAACUUCUUUGGGGACCUUAGUGACAUUAGCACAGGUUUCGCUUCAGCAUUCUUGCUGAUCUUCUUUUCUGAACUUGGGGACAAGACCUUCUUUAUUGCAGCAUUAUUAGCUGCCAGAAAUUCUGCUGCAGUUGUUUUCGCAGGCACUUUUGGUGCACUUGGGAUCAUGACUAUAAUAUCAGUGCUACUGGGUAGGACUUUUCACUAUAUUGAUGGUGUCCUUCCAUUCAGUUUUGCUGGUAGUGAUUUGCCUAUUGAUGAUAUUGCUGCAGUCUGUCUCCUUGUGUAUUUUGGGGUCACGACACUGAUUGAUGCCAGUUCAAGUGACAGUCAAAAGGCUGAAGAUGAACAGAAAGAGGCUGAGCUGGCAGUGUCUGAGUUUUCUGGAAAUGGUGCUGGGAUCUUAGCAGCUGCAGGCACAAUUGUUAGUACAUUUGCAUUGGUUUUUGUUGCUGAAUGGGGUGACAAAUCAUUCUUCUCGACAAUAGCACUUGCUGCAGCCUCAUCGCCACUUGGAGUCAUUGGUGGAGCUCUUGCUGGUCAUGGAGUAGCAACCUUGCUUGCUGUAGCAGGGGGAUCCUUGCUGGGUAAUUUCUUAUCUGAAAAGGUAAUCUCAUACGUUGGAGGUGUUCUAUUUCUCGUUUUUGCCAGCAUAACAUUGAUCGAGAUAAUUCAUGGUUAGACACUUCUGUUUGUAUAUUGGGAUGGACAAUGAUCCUGUGUUGCCAAUUUGUAGAAAAGCAAUGUGGGUUCUUUCUAACUGAUUAUGUUCAUCUCAAUGUCAUUUCCUCAUUCUUUUUUUAUUCAUUGAUCUCCAUCACUUGUACUCUAAUCUUGUUCUUUAAGAUUCGUUCUGCCCGAUGUCUCCAUUUUUCCA